GAGCGCAGCAUUACUUAAAGUUUUUCAGUAACGUUUCCCCCGUGAAAGAAUGUAAAAAGUAUUGCACGGAUAUCGAUACAACAUUAAAUCGAUGCAUCGAGAUAGAGGUGUCGAUGCAUAAUCAAGAUCCAAUGAAAUAUGUUCAAAGCGGAUUCGGACAAGUGGCUCCAGACAGGUGUAUCGAUGUCUCUGGCGUAUCGAUAUAUUGUUUGCAUACUUACUCGCAAGGCAAGAAGCUACUGCCUUGGAUGUAUGCAGUGGAGUGCAGCCCCUCCAGCUCGAGUUCUCGUUGCAACGUUCUCCGGUUUCCUCAAUCACGUUUUUUUCUCAUGUGCUGAAUAAUGCAUUUAUAGUGAGACCAUUUCAAAGAAUGUUAACUUUAUUUCAUGACUACUUACGAUAAGAAUGAGUGAGUACCCCGGUGGGAGUCGUGAAUGUUUUCGAAACAACUAUGUAAUUUCUGAUGUGCUUAUCUCCUUGCUUAAGCCGGAGUUUUAUGAGAUCUCUUAUAAUUUUGAUAAAAGCAUUCACUAUGCCGCAUUACCUGGACAAAAUCCAUGUGUACACGGCGUGUACACAACACACGCCCAAAUGUUGCAUCUACACGUGUGAUUCAUCAAUGUAUUCAAGAUAAUACAGUUCGAAGAAAUUUAACAUUGUGUUGCAUCUAACGCAUUCGGAGGAAGUAUUUUUUUUAAUUAGAAAUUGGAGAAUGGCGUGAUACACAAUAGUCAAUUUGUUUAAUAUUGCCCUGUAGCUGGGAUACAGUCAUUAUGCUUGACCACUGCAAAGCCAUGAAGAUGAGCUUCUCCUUAUCAUCGCUUCAGCCGCUCGGUCAUAGCUUAGACAAGCAUGGCCAAGCGGGGAUAGCGAUCGAGAGACCAUAUAACAGCCUCACAAAGAAACGGAAAGACCCAAAGCAGUUUCAAAAUCAACGUUCGUGGACAAAUCAUGAAGAUUGCAAAGAUGAUUUCUGGGCAGCAAUACGAUCUAAUUAUGACUAUAUUAUGGACACUAAUUUAAUAGAUAGUUGUAAAGAAGCCAAUGGCGAAUUAACAUGGGAUGAGUCUGAUGUAUCAGCACAAUCGUGGAAUUUAAAAGAAGUUAGUAGUCAAUUUUCAGAAUUAUAUUCCUGGCUAACAGUUCUCCAAGAAUUGGUUUAUUCUAAGGAAGAAAAUUUAUUGGACAAAAGUCUGCGUGCGGCUCACAUGGAGGAGCUGCGACGUAGGGCUUACAGAAGAAAGUUAUUUAAUGAACAAGCAGGAAAAUUAGUGUCACGUGCCCCUGCUUUGAAAGAUGAAGUAGCGUGGCGUGUUGACCAUUUGAAUGCAAAAUGGGAAUUAGUAGAACAAAUUAUGGCACCCGUUGAAAGGCCAAUAUCCAAUCAACUGGAUAUGUCAGCAGAUUUUGAGCACGAAGUGAAGUGUUUGAGGAAAUGGCUUCGUGAGAUGGAAUCUCGACUUCAGCCUUUGAGCUUCCAUGUAGAUUGGACAUUAGCAGAACUGGAGGAAAAAGCAGUGGAGCAUAUGAAGUUUCGAAGAGCUUUUGAAGUUAAUUCAGCGAUCGAUAAUAAUGGGCGGAAGUAUUGACCGAAUAAUUUAAUUUUAGACCUCUAAGCUGGCGAGGAUAAAUUUGUUUACGUCUAGUUCGUUGCUCUCCAACAAGACCAUAUGGCACACAUGUUUGUCUUCAGCAAAUUCCACGGUAUCUGCUGGAAAUUCGGAUACUUCUCUACAUUUGUAUUUCAAACAACGUGUAUGCUAUAAAUUGAUGUCGGCUCACGUAUGUAAAAAAAAAAGAAAUAGUGAAGGUUGAAACGCCUUCUGACUGCGUUACGCAAUAUUCUUCUCAUAGUGUUACAGUGAAAGCUGUAAAAGAACUCGAUCCAGAAAUCCAGUUAAUUUUCUAGAUCUAGAGAUACACAUAGUUUUACUUUAUAAUUCCUCGAGUAUCUCAUUAGCAAUCGCAAUCGUAAUCAAAACAGUUGUUUCUGUUUCUACUCAGUAAAAGUUUGCAUUACAAGAUGCAAUUAGUUAAUUCCAGGAGGAAUAUUAAAAUGUUGAAACAUUUACAUACGAACGGAAAAAAAAUAAUCUUUUGAGAUAUGAAAUUUAACACGCUGAUUAUGUUGGAGUAAUCAGUGAACUAUUUGAAACUAGUUGUUGUGAAACUAAAGCCACCAAAUAUGAAUAUUUUAAUAUA